CGGAUGUCGCCCUUUCGGUUUUUACCAACUUGAUACUUACAUGGGUGCCUAGUGUUCAGAGACCAACGUUAGCUACGUUGAUGUAAACUUUCACUCUGACUCUGAUGAUACACAGCCUUCUUUCUAGCUAAGAAGUUUCUGAGUUGUCUUUGUUAUCAUGGCGGACCGGGAGGAGCGCCGCUUCGCCGAGGUAUCCCGGGAGUCUGUCAAACUCAUGGCCGAGAGUGCAGGCGUGGAGCUCGCCGACGAUGUGGCUGCUCUGCUGGCUGAGGACGUGUGUUACCGGCUCAGGGAGGCAACGCAGAGCAGCUCUCAGUUCAUGAGACAUGCCAAGAGGAGGAAGCUGACAGUGGAGGACUUUAACAGAGCUCUGCGCUGGAGCAAGGUGGAGGCCAUAUGUGGCUACGGGGCCCAGGAUGCUCUUCCUUUCCGCUCAGCGAAAGAAGGAGAGCUUUUCUUCAUUGAGGAUCGGGACAUCAACCUGGUCGAGUUGGCUCUGGCCACCAACAUUCCCAAGGGCUGUGCUGAGACGAUGGUGCGAGUAAACGUGUCUUACCUGGAUGGGAAGGGCAACCUGGAGCCUCAGGGGACAGUUCCCACAGCGGUGCAGUCUCUGUCAGAUGACCUGUUGAAGUACUACCAGCAGAUCACUCGGGCCAUCCUGGGAGAGGACCCCCACCUCAUGAAGGUGGCUCUGCUGGACCUCCAGUCCAACUCCAAGAUUGCUGCCCUCCUGCCUUACUUUGUUUAUGUCAUCAGUGGGGUGAAGUCAGUAAGCCAUGACCUGGAGCAGCUCAACAGGCUCCUCCACAUGGUGAAGAGCCUGGUUCAGAACCCCUACCUGUACCUGGGCUCGUACGUGCGCAGCCUGGUCUCCAGCGUCAUGUACUGCAUUCUGGAGCCGCUGGCCGCCUCCAUCAACCCGCUCAACGACCACUGGACCCUAAGGGACUACGCUGCCCUGCUCCUCAGCCACAUCUUCUGGACUCAUGGUGAUCUGGUGAGUGGUCUGUACCAUCAGAUCUUGCUGUCGCUCCAGAAGGUUCUGUCUGACCCGGUGAGGCCGCUCUGCUCCCACUAUGGAGCUGUGGUGGGGCUUCAUGCUCUGGGAUGGAAGGCUGUUGAGAGAGUGCUCUUCCCACACCUCCCUGCGUACUGGGCCAACCUCCAGGCUGUGCUGGAUGACUACUCCGUUUCCAACGCCCAGGUCAAAGCAGACGGACACAAGGUGUACGGAGCCAUCCUGGUGGCAGUGGAGCGCCUGCUGAAGAUGAAGGCUCUGUCUCUGUCUCAGCCAGCGGAGGGGGGCUCCGGGAGUCAGCUGGGCUCUGUGGGGGGGGCUAUGGGUUACAGGGUAAGCUCCCCCGGCCUCAGCCCCCCCCCUGAGCCUCUGUCGGAGGCCGCCCUGGGAAUCGCCAGCCACCUUCAGGCGGGCGGGGCCGGCUGUCCCUGGGAGGAGUGGACCCCGGUCCCUCUGCCUGCCAUGUACUGUGAGCUCUACUCCUUCUUCGGAGACAGCCUGGCGGUCCGGUUCAGUACCGGGCCCGGGUUCGGCAGCUUCCCUUCCUGCGCCCCGUCCCAUUCCGAUGGUGCCAGGAAGGAACCCCCCGGCCCUGCCUCCAACCCUGACACCACCCGAAAGAUGCCUCAGCUGACUGCCAACCUCAACAUCAGCCCCCGGCAGGAUGGGAGUCCACGCACCGAUCCGCCCCCCCCCAGCCUGGCAGCUACCGGGUCAGGAAGGUCCCUGGCUCGCUCCUCCUCCGUGCAGCGCUCCAGAUCUUCCUCGUCCCGUUCGGGCCAGCGUUCAGCCGGUCCAUCUCGGGACGUUUUCCCCAAAUCUCGCUUCACCUCUCCUCAGACGGGGCUUCCUGUGUUCUCCUUCCUCAUCGGCGGGCGGCAAAUGGGCCGCCGUUGCCAAGGCCGGCGCCCCUUCCAGACCACUUUUGCCCCGACUCCGCCCCUCUCUGCAAUCGCACCGCGUGCCUACACCCAAAAACUGCCCGUCAUUGGCAGAGUGGGCAAACCUGUGCGCCGCUGGGCGUGUUCCCAUUACUCCCUUCACCUGCCUCUCUAAAGAGCGGGUUCUCAGACUGCACUACAACACAGCAGCGUCCCACUGCUACAGACUCUACACAAAAUACACACAAUAAACACACAGUACAUGCAGUUUGGACACGCACAAGCAAAUUAAGAGAACGUUUCCCACUUUCACAGCGUUUUGGAAACAAUUUAA